CCCCAACCAAAGUCCAAUUUUCAAUUUUUAGAACUCUCAUUUCCCUCUUUUUAGGGUUUUGCUUCGUUUCCACUUCCAGCAGACCAGGACUCUGAUCACUUGUAGAUCUAGUGUUGAAGUUAGGAUUUGUUUGGAUCGUGCAAUCAAAAUGGCAUCAUCAGUGGUCUCCGCGCCACGCGCCGCGGCUUCCUCGUCGAAAACCGAGACCUUCGUCGACAACAAGCGCAAGGACGACAUACGCAUGGCGAACAUCGCGGCGGCGCGGGCGGUGGCCGACGCCGUACGCACGAGUCUCGGCCCGAAAGGGAUGGACAAGAUGAUAUCUGCGGCCAACGGCGAGGUAAUCAUCACCAACGACGGCGCCACCAUUCUAAACAAGAUGGAGGUACUUCAGCCCGCCGCCAAGUUCCUCGUCGAGCUCUCCAAAUCGCAGGACGUUGUCGCCGGAGAUGGAACCACCACCGUCGUUGUCAUUGCCGGCGCUCUCCUUAAGCAGUGCCUUACUCUUCUUUCGGCAGGCAUUCAUCCUACAAUUGUCUCUGAUUCUCUGCACAAGGCUUCUACAAAGGCAGUAGAGAUCCUAACCGCCAUGGCUAUUCCGCUUGAGCUCUCGGACCGCGAUUCACUCGUUAAAUCAGCCAGCACUGCUCUUAACAGUAAGGUAGUGUCUCAGUACUCAACUCUUUUAGCUCCGUUAGCUGUUGAUUCCGUGCUCUCUGUUGUUGACCCUGCAAAACCAGACCUUGUAGAUUUAAGGGAUAUUAAGAUUGUGAAGAAAUUAGGAGGCACAGUAGAUGAUACCGAGCUAGUAACAGGUUUGGUUUUUGACAAGAAAGUGAGUCAUGCUGCAGGAGGCCCAACUCGUGUUGAGAAAGCUAAGAUUGCUGUGAUUCAGUUUCAAAUUUCACCUCCUAAGACUGAUAUUGAGCAGAGCAUAGUGGUCUCUGACUAUACUCAGAUGGAUAGGAUUUUGAAGGAAGAGAGGAACUACAUUUUGGGGAUGAUCAAGAAGAUUAAGGCCACUGGGUGCAAUGUUUUGUUGAUCCAGAAGAGUAUCUUGAGGGAUGCAGUGACUGAUUUAUCUUUGCAUUAUUUGGCAAAAGCAAAGAUUUUGGUCAUUAAGGAUGUUGAGCGGGAUGAGAUUGAGUUCAUUACCAAGACUUUGAAUUGUUUGCCCAUUGCAAACAUUGAGCAUUUCAGGGCAGAGAAACUGGGUUAUGCAGAUUUAGUUGAGGAGGUAUCACUUGGAGAUGGUGGGAAGAUUGUGAAGAUAACAGGGAUUCAGGAUAUGGGACGGACCACUUCUGUCCUGGUUCGAGGGUCAAACCAGUUGGUCAUUGAUGAGGCUGAGAGGAGUUUGCAUGAUGCAUUGUGUGUUGUGAGAUGUUUGGUGAACAAGAGGUUCUUGAUUGCAGGGGGAGGAGCACCUGAGAUUGAGCUCUCAAGGCAGUUGGGUGCAUGGGCAAAGGUCUUACAGGGUAUGGAGGGUUAUUGUGUCAGAUCAUUUGCUGAGGCCCUUGAAGUUAUUCCAUAUACAUUAUCUGAGAAUGCUGGAUUGAACCCGAUAGCUAUUGUUACUGAGUUGAGGAACAGGCAUGCACAGGGUGAGAUCAAUGCUGGGAUCAAUGUGAGGAAGGGGCAGAUCACGAACAUCUUGGAGGAGAAUGUAGUGCAGCCACUUCUUGUGAGUACAAGUGCAAUUACAUUGUCUACUGAAUGUGUUCGGAUGAUUUUGAAGAUUGAUGACAUUGUUACUGUCAGGUAGAUCAAUAGUACUACAAAGUGUUGGAAAAAGAGAAGCUUUUUUGUCAUCCUCUGUUUUUGACUUGCGUGUCCUUCGAAACUUGAAUGUGUUGCUUCUUAGCUAAUUUUAUUGAGACUCACAGUAGGUGCUUCACGGAAUCUAUUACUAGUUGAAUUCUUCGGUUUAAGUAUUUGAUUGUGUUCUCCAUAUAAUUGAAUCUUGACAUUUAAGAAAUGCAGUAUGUGUGCCAGUUAUCCUUAAA